AUGAACCGCCCUAUUUCGAGGGCGGGGCCUCGCUUGUUGCUUCUAGUGUAUCUCCUCACCAGCGUCACGGCUUUGGAGGUCAUCUAUCCCAAGAUUGGAACCAUUUAUCCAACAACAGGCCCCCUUGACGUGCAAUGGCAAUCAACGUCUGAAUUGGAUCCCGUGGACCUUGCAAUAUAUCUGGCCACAUAUAGUGGGCAAACCCUCAAGAGCGAACAGCCUUGCAUCGUUGCCGUUAUAGAUGAUGGAUCUACGGCUAUCACUCUGAGUCAUCCGCCACCACAGGGGGACUCCUGGACUUGGAUGUUCUAUGACAACGACGUCAUCAUCUCUCUAGGCAAUAACUAUAUUGCCCAGUCUGUGCAUUUCCAAUUCCAAAGUGCCACGCCGAACACAACCUCGACCUCAACCCCAACAGCCAAGAACUCUCCAGGAAGCUUGUCGCCGGCUGUUGCAGCGGCCAUUGGUGUCGGAGGGACACUCAUUGUGGUGGCGCUGGGUCUCCUCGUCGGCUACUGUUGCUUCUAUCGGCGAUGGCAGCAGAAGAAGCGUGAGACCAUCAGUGCGGUUCCCUACACGCCAGGUCAUCGAUACUCCAAGCAGGAGCUGGACAGUAAACCGGGCACAGCUCAUAGCUCCUCAUUCCCCAGCAACCCCAAUCCGCCCUCUUACGCUGGGAUGAAGGUACCAUCGCAGCACGAGAUGGAAGUCUAUCCCGGUAGCCCCUUCGCCGCCUCGCCAUCAAACCACAUUGUCUCUCCUGACGCUGAACUCUCGAUCAAGGCACGUCACUCACAUCUCCCGCAUCAGAAUGCUCACCAGCCAUCGGCGCCAUGGAGUGAGCUAGCGCCGUCACCUGUACGGCACGAAAUGUACCACGAUCCACACCGCCGUUUACCUCAAGAACUGCCUGGCGAUAUAGGCUUACGGAAUACGCAGAUUAAGGAGAACUGGUAA